AUGGUAACCGCCAUGGACGAAAUUUAUCGUCAUCUGAACGAUGACAGCUAUCCUCCUGAGAUCGACUGGAGCGACAGCAAUAUCCAGAAGUUUUUUGCGGGAAAAACGUUAUUUUUGACCGGGGCUACCGGCUACAUGGGAAAGGUUUUUCUUGAAAAAGUUAUUCGUGAUUGUCCAGAUCUUAAACGACUCUACAUACUCGUCAGGCAAAAGAAGGGCGUCACGCCUCAGGACAAAAUAAAAACGUACUUUCAGAACACGAUAUUUGACAAUUUGAGGAGCAUCAAUCCAGAGUUUGAGGAAAAAGUGUGUACAGUGACGGGCGAUUUGGAAAAAGAUAGACUCGCAUUAUCCGACGAUGAUCGGCGAGCCCUCGUCGAGUCUGUGGAUAUUAUCGUUCACAACGGCGCCACGACCAAGUUCGACGAAAAAGUCAGCGUGUCGCUGAAAAUCAACGUAUUGGGAACGAAGCACAUGCUUGAUUUGGCCACAGAGUGCAAACGCAUACAAGCGUUUCUGUACGUGUCCACGGCCUACUCACACUGUUACAGGAAAAACAUCGAGGAGGAGUUUUACGAUCCACCGGGUGACUUGAAGAUGAUUUACGAUAUGAUCGCCGCUGACGAGUCGGCCAAGCAUGGUUUGACCGAGGACGUCUUGAAGAUACUGUUGGGCGAAUAUCCCAAUGUGUACUGCUUUUCGAAAGCGAUAGCCGAAGACUUGGUUAGUCAGUAUGGGCAGAGAGUGGAUUUUGCAAUGGCCGUUUACCGACCGAGUGUUAUUACUGCAGCAAUAAAAGAGCCAAUGCCAGGAUGGAUUGGAAAUAAUAAUGGGCCAGCAUUAAUAUUUUUAGGAUCUGCUUUAGGAAUCAUUCACGUCAGUUAUCAUAAGAAUUAUCCAAUAGAUUUUAUUCCUGUAGAUUACAGUAUAAACUCCAUCAUCGCAAUAAUAUACGAUUUGGCCGUAAAGCGGGAAUUGAAAAGACAAGCGGUAGUAUAUAAUUACGGAAGUAGCACGCUGAAUCCGAUCACAUUGAAAGAACUAUUUGAUGCUUUGAUGAUAGAAGGACCACACAUAGGAUCUGUAAAUAUUGUCUGGUAUCCAUUUCAAAUAUUUUGCCAUUCAAAAUGGAAAUUCUGGAUAGGCCACUUCUUUCUUGCUUUUAUCCCAGCAAUACUUGCUGAUCUAGCUCUCUUAUGCAUGGGCCAAAAACCAAGAGCUCUUCAAUUGUUUUGGUUUGGAACCAAGAACCUGGACAAAAUAGAUUACUUUGGCAACGGUAAUUGGAAGAUCCAUCCUUGCAGGACGAUGGAGCUGUACGACAGUCUGAACGAAACUGAUCAAGCGAUAUUUGACUUUGACAUUCGGAAGGUGGACUGGCCGGUCACGGUGAUCACAUACGCGCGUGGCGGUCGACUCCACAUCCUGAAGGAACCACUUGACAACAGAAAGAAAGCUCUGAAGCAUUACCACAGAAUGAGACACAUUCACUAUGCCGUUAUCGGCAUCGUCACUUUAAUGGCCAUCUAUCUCGCGACGAGGUUACUAUUUCACCUGUACAACGUCGUUGCUUAAUUUCGCGUCUCGCCUCUAUCAAUCGAUUGCUCGUACAUUUACUUUCGUAGAGCGUCGAUAUUGUGUAAUCUUAUAUACUCAUUAAAGGCUAACUUAUC